AAAGGAUGAAUUAUCUAAUUUUAACUUUUAUUAGAUAAUUCCUUAAGGUUUCCGUUUUAAGAUGAAUAAUUGACAAUAAAACAUUGUAACGAGUGGGAGCGAGAGAAAAGUGAAAGUGGCAGUCGUCGUAAGCGGACAAAAUAACGCUAGUAGUCGAUUAGUAAGGUUGUAGCGUACCUUGGCGUAGCGAGUGCUUUUUUCUUAAACGCCUCCCUUUCGCGCAAUAGUGCAGGAUCCAUAUUUAAUCAAUAAUAGGCCCAGUAUACCAUAAAACGGACGGUUACUCUCAAACAAGUUUCGAUUGGCGGGAGAUCGUUUCGCGCGUCCGGACCAAGUUCGAACGAACUGUCACAGUGUUUGCCUUCACGGCGUCGAGUGGACGCUGUAACCUUCGAUAUUGUUACAGCCAUGGGGAUUCGUAAACGGCAGUUAUUAAACGUCUUCUGUUUUUUAAUAAUAAUAGGAUAUGUCCACACAGAAGAUGAAAAGUCUCCAUGGAAGUGGGAAUGUGAGAACAGCAAGUGUGUGAAAUCUCUCAAUGAUCCUGAGAGUAAAGAGCCCGCUCUCAGUUUAGAGGCUUGCAAGAUGUUCUGCAAUGAAUAUGGUCUCCUAUGGCCGCAGCCCACCGGCGAGACGAAUCUAGGCAACUUUUUGUCAAAAAUCAACAUAAAUAACAUCGACAUACAGAUUCCGAAACGUGGUAGAUCUGAUUCCUUGUUGGAUGAAGCUGGACAGAGGUUUAGACAGAUCGUGUCUCUAGCGGUGCCUACUGGUAUGUCAGCGAAAGCGAGCGGCAAAGCGCUAACCAUUUUUGUUGUCAAUGAAAAUCCAGACAUUAAAGAAUUUUCCCUGGAUAUGGACGAAGGUUACACACUGCGUAUCUCGUCGAUGUCCAACGAGCGUGUGAACGCCACUAUAACUGGCAACACUUUCUUCGGCGUACGACACGGACUGGAGACAUUGUCACAACUCAUUGUUUACGAUGAUAUUCGUGAUCAUUUAUUGAUCGUAAGAGAUGUGUUCAUCACAGACAAACCGACGUACCCUUACCGCGGGAUCCUGCUCGACACCGCGAGGAAUUAUAUCGACGUUGACGUUAUCAAAUCUACUAUUGAUGCUUCUGCGACGGUGAAACUGAACGCCUUCCACUGGCACAUUACUGACAGCCAUAGCUUCCCCUUCGUGAUGGAGAGCAGGCCCAGCUUCAGCAAACUUGGAGCGUACAGCCCUAGCAAGGUGUACACAAAGAAGAUGAUAAAGGAGGUAGUAGAGUACGGGUUGGUGCGCGGCGUGCGCGUCGUGCCCGAGUUCGACGCGCCCGCGCACGUCGGCGAGGGCUGGCAGGACACCGACCUCACUGUCUGCUUCAAGGCUGAACCGUGGGCUACGUACUGCGUGGAGCCCCCCUGCGGACAGCUCAACCCGACCAAGGAGGAACUCUAUGAUGUGCUCUUUAAUAUUUACAAAGAAAUGGCAGAGACGUUCAAGACGACGGACGUGUUCCACAUGGGCGGGGACGAGGUGAGCGAGCGCUGCUGGAACAGCUCCGCCGACAUCCGCGCCUUCAUGCUGCAGAACCGCUGGGAACUCGACAAGACCAGCUUCCUCAAGCUCUGGAACUACUUCCAGACUAAAGCGCAGGAUAAGGCUUACAAGGCGUUCGGUAGAAAACUGCCGCUCAUUCUGUGGACCAGCACCCUCACUGAAUACAGCCAUAUUGAGAAGUACCUCGACAAAAACGACUACAUCAUACAGGUGUGGACGACAGGCUCAGACCCUCAGAUCUCCAACUUGUUGAAGAAAGGCUACAAGCUGAUACUUUCCAACUAUGAUGCACUUUACUUUGACUGCGGCUACGGCGCGUGGAUCGGCUCAGGUAACAACUGGUGUUCGCCGUACAUCGGCUGGCAGAAGGUGUACGAGAACCGGCCCCGGGACAUGGCCAAGGAGUACUCUCAUCUUAUACUCGAGAACGUUUAGUUCGCAUGGGAUACAAACCGGAAUCGCUCGAGCCCAUGUGGUGUUACCAGAACGAGGGAUAUUGCCAUAAUUAAACAUUACUAUUGAAAUUACAGUAUUUUCCAUUUUAGUCACGCGACGGAAAUUAUUCUUAGAUAUAAGUUCGCCGACUGCAAUAAAUUACUUUUUUAAUAAACUUGUAUUUAAAGUUCUUUUUAAAAUUUGUAUAAUGUAGUUAAAUACUCAUUUUAUUCGUCUCAAACUAUGAAAAGUUUUUUAAACACUGCCUUUUUGUUGUUUUUCUAGAUAUAAUUAUUUCGUAUAUGUUUGUCUUUAAUAAAGUAUGUGCUCUUUUCUAAGGA